AUGACUGUCCUCAAUCCUGUGUUUAAUAUGGCCACAGCUUCUUCUCCCCAGCUGUUCCUGCCCAGGACAGUGCUGACAGCCUUGUGGUCCCUCCUCCCUCUGCAGGACACUGGGGAUCUGCAUCCAAAUUGCUGCAGGAGCUGCUCGCUCACAGAAGCUUGGGAGGAUGGAGCCUGGAAGACAGGCCUCGAGGACAGCCUGAGGGGUGGCUGGGGCCCUGCCCUGCCCUGGGGAAACAGCUGCCUGAAGGGUUUGACCUUCCUGUCCAACUUCCUUUUCUCCCUGCUCAGCCUGCUGGCUCUGGCUGCUGGGCUCUGGGGCCUGGCCCUCAAGGGUUCCCUGGGGAAUGACCUGGGGGGGCCUGUGCCCCCAGACCCCAUGCUGGGGCUGGUGUUGGGGGGGCUGGUACUCAGUGCAGUGAGCCUGGCUGGCUGCCUGGGAGCCCUGUGUGAGAGCACCUGGCUGCUGCGCUGCUUCUUGGGGGCCCUUCUCUCCCUCCUAGUGUUGGAGGCUCUUCUGGGGGCCCUGGUGGUGCUGCUGUGGGGCCCACUGCAGGAUGGCCUGGAGGGCACGCUGCUCCAGGCCAUUACCCGCUACCCCAACAACCAGGACCUGCGCUUCCUCAUUGACCAGGUCCAGCUGGGGCUGCAGUGCUGCGGGCUGGCUUCCUACCAGGAUUGGCAGCAGAACCCGCACUUCAACUGCAGCUUCCUGGGGCCCCAGGCCUGCAGCCUCCCUGCCUCCUGCUGCAUCACCCUGGGGGAAGCUGGUGCCUCUGUGGACCCCCAGUGUGGCUCCAGGGCGCUGGGCCUGACGACUGCGGCGGCUAGGCAGAUGGUGCAUGUGGAAGGCUGUGGAGCCCCCUUGCGCCAGUGGCUGCGCUGGGCUGUCCCAGCGGUUGGGAGCUGCGCCAUCGCAGUAGUGCUGAUGCAGGUGUUGGAGCUCCUGCUGGCUGCCCUGCUGCUCCGGGCCCUGGCUGGAUGCAAGGGAGGAGCGGGAAAGAGCCCCGACGUGGCCAGGGACACAGGGUCUGUUCCCUCAAAGGAGGGAGCCUGUGGCCUUCCCUCUAACCUGACCCUGGCUGACCAGGCAGGUAGAACAAAGAACAGGGAACCUGUGAAGGCGGCCACAUGCCUGGGACACUGAAUUUCUGGGCCUUUCCCCCCCUGCUGGGAUUCCCCAGGGUCUGACCACCCCAGCAAGGCCCUUAGAGCUCCUGUGCACCCCUUUCCCUGACACACCCAGCUUCCCAGACUGCUCAUCGGCAAAUGUUGUAACUUGGUCACGGGGGCGAUGGUAAGCAGUUGCCACUGGAUGAAGUUCUGAUGCAGAGCCACCACCUCAAAUGUCCUCUACCCCUACCUUGGAGCCCCACCUCCAAUUCACAGACUGGCACCUGCUUCCUUGGGGACCAGCCUUCCCAGUGUGUAAGGGGGCAUUAAAAUAUACCAGCUUCCAGUGGGCAGCAGAA